AUGGCGUCGUCUGGAGUGAAAGUUGACGAGGAGACAGUCAAUACUUACAAGGCGAUGAAGCUGCGGAAAGUCAAUUACAGAUAUGUGAUGAUGGGGAUUGAAGCCGACGGUUUCAUUAAAGUUGUGCUUGCCAAAGAGAGGAAUGUCAAUCAGUCCCAGGAGGAGGAGUUCAAUGAUUUUUUACAAUCUCUGCCUCAAGACAUUGGUCGGUACUGCAUUAUUGAUUUGACCAUUCCGCAGAAGAACGGAGCUCAGAAAGACAUCAUGUUUUUGAUUACAUGGUGCCCCAGUGGUGCCCCUACCAAGUCACAUAUCAUGUACACAACCUCCAAGAAAGCCUUGACAGACAAAAUCCGCGAGGGCAUGACCGAAAUCCAGGCCAACGACCUCUCAGAUCUGGUAUACAGUGAGUUUCUAGAGCGAGGCUGCAAAUAA